UCCUUGAGAACCAAGCAAGUUGACUCAUAAUACCAUUUGUUUAUUAUGUCGCUAUCGCAUUCGCAAUAUUGACCUCAAUAAUCGCAAUAUGGCAUUUUCCCUAAAUCGUGCAGCCCUAGUUUUUAUCAUGUUGAGCUACAAUUGAAUUUAUGAGCGCUGAUUUUUAAACGUUUUCAUGCCGAAUUUUAGUUGUUCGUCAAGAUCACAUUCAGCGGCAGUAAACAGCUAAUAAAUAUAAUGUGAAUGGUGUUUGUAAAUCUGAACUAAAAAAAGCUGAUUGUAAUCAUGGUUUCUUGUCUACAUGUAUGCUAUUAUAUGCAUUCUUCUGCAAUGGGUGGUAUCUAGUCCCAUUAAUAUUGUUUAUGAAAUAACAAACAGCAUUAAGAUGAGCUGUAUUGGGGUGUAUUUAGUUAUAUACAUGUAAAUUCAUGUGAUGGAACAACCGGAUUUUCAUUGCAAUGUAGUGAGCAGUACAGGGAGACUAUACAGCAGGUACAUGUGCAACAGGAAUUGUUAAAUAGUUUGCAAGGCUGUGCACAAUCAUAGAAGGGAAGACUGUCAUGCCUUCUUUUGAACCAAUGUUGUGUUAGUCAGCUGUAUGGUCUGGUCUUUAUCAGCAUUCAGGACUGUUCUGAGCUCAGAGUUUGCGAUAACCCAUUGGUUCCUCAGUAGCUCUUAGUUGCACUAUUAUAAACUGUUGUAGAAAGGACAUUAUUUACAUUACAUUAUUUACUGAAGAGUGUCACCCAAAUGAGAAUGGGAUACCAACUGAGCCUGGUUCGUCUCAAAGGUUAGAUCAAAUAACUGAAGGACACAGUAAUAUUUCAGUAGUGAAAUGAGGUUUAUUGGAUUAACAGAAAAUGCGCAAUAUGCAUCAACAUUAAAUUAGGCAGGUGCAUUAAUUUGGGCUCCCCAACAGAAAAAUCACAUCAGUAUUUAGUAGAGCCUCCUUUAAGCAGAAAUACCAGCCUCUCAACGCUUCCUAUAGCCUGUAAUGAAUGUCUGUGUGGAUGAAUGUAUUUUGGAUCAUUCCUUACAAAACAUCCCCAGUUCAGUUAGGUUUGAUGGGUGCCGAGCGUGUUCUUUUGCCGCCAUCGCCCCUUGUUAUGACCAAAUAACUCAAUCUUUGUUUCAUCACUCCACAUCACCUUAUUCCAAAAUGAAGCUGGCUUGACCAAAUGUGCGUUUGCAUACCUCAAGCGACUCCGUUUGUGGCGUGUAUGCAGAAAAAGCUUCUUUCGCAUCACUCUCCCGUACAGCUUCACCUUGUGCAAAGUGCACUGAAUUGUUGAACGGUGCAGUGACACCGUCUGCAGCAAGUUGAUGUUGUAGGUCUUUGAAGGUUCUCACCAUCCUUUGCCUUUACCUCUUAAAUAUUUUACAUGGCCUGUCACUUCUGGCCUUAACAAGAACUGUUUCUGUGGUCUUCUAUUUCCUCACUAUGUUCCUCACAGUGGACAUUGACAGCUUAUAUCUCUGUGAUAACUUUUUUCCCCUAAAGCAUAAUGAUAAACAAUCUUUGUUUUCAGGACAUUUGAGAGUUGUUUUGAGGCCUCCAUGUUGCCACGCUUCAGAGGAGAGUCAAAGAGAGCAACAACUUGCAACUGGCCACCUUAAAUGAAAAUCAUGGAAAUUGCCUCUGAAUGAAGUGAGCUCAGAUGGACCGCAUGAAGAUUAUUAAGAGACGCUUGUCUAUGAGUUUGCGCAGUGCCCGGCCUGUGGACGAAAACCUGUCAGAGCUUGCAGAACACGGAGCAGCUGAUGAGCCACCUAUGUCACGAGAAAAUGAGUCCAUGGUUUGCCCCGUGCCCCCUCCCGCAUCCCAAAGUGCCCCUUCAUUCUUGCGCCACUAUGCAGGGGGUUUGGGGCGCGGCGCGAUGCGUAGAGAUGGCCUGGACCGACCCUACCUUUCUCUUCACCGGACUGGCUCUCUUGGCAUAGUGCAUGAAAAUAUGAAAAUGGGAUCUGAUGGAGAGAGCGAUCAGGCGUCUGGGACUUCAUCCGACGAGGUACAGAGUCCUGUCCGAGUGCGAAUGCGUAACAACCACUCACGGCGUAUCUGCAAUGAGGACAUUAAUAAGCGUCUAUCGCUGCCAGUGGAUAUCCGUUUGCCAGAGGGGUAUCUGGAAAAAUUUGCUAUGAACAGUCCUCCUUUUGAUAAACCCUUGAGUCGGAGGCUACGGCGUGCUUCAUUGUCUGAAAUUGGCUUUGGGAAACUGGAGACAUACAUUAAAUUGGAUAAACUCGGAGAAGGAACCUAUGCAACAGUAUACAAAGGACGCAGUAAACUGACUGAUAAUCUGGUGGCUCUGAAGGAAAUUCGGCUGGAGCAUGAAGAGGGUGCACCAUGCACUGCUAUUCGUGAAGUAUCCCUCCUGAAGGAUUUAAAACAUGCAAACAUUGUCACUCUUCAUGACAUCAUCCACACGGACAAGUGCCUAACGCUGGUUUUUGAGUACCUGGAGAGGGAUCUAAAGCAGUACAUGGAUGAUUGCGGCAGCAUCAUGUGCGUUCAUAAUGUCAAAAUCUUCCUCUUUCAGCUGUUGCGAGGUCUGGAUUAUUGCCAUCGCCGCAAGGUUCUACAUAGAGACUUGAAACCUCAGAAUCUGCUCAUUAAUGACAGGGGAGAGCUCAAACUUGCUGAUUUUGGUUUGGCUCGAGCCAAGUCUGUCCCAACUAAGACAUAUUCUAAUGAGGUGGUCACACUCUGGUACAGACCCCCGGACGUGUUACUAGGAUCAACCGAGUACUCCACUCCUAUUGACAUGUGGGGGGUUGGCUGUAUAUUCUAUGAGAUGAUUACAGGACGGCCUCUGUUCCCUGGGUCUACAGUAGAGGAUGAACUUCAUCUUAUAUUUCGCAUCCUCGGCACUCCUGCUGAGGACUCUUGUCCAGGGGUCAGCACCAGUGAAGAGUUCAGGAACUAUAACUUUCCUCAAUAUCGCCCUGAACCUAUUGUCAAUCAUGCACCCAGGAUAGACAGUGAUGGUGAAGACUUGAUUAUGCAGUUGUUAAAGUUUGAGGCAAGGCAGCGUAUCUCUGCAGAAGAAGCUCUUGGGCAUCCCUACUUCAAGUGUUUUGGGGAGCAAAUACAACACCUGGCUGACACGGCCUCCAUCUUCACAGUGAAGGAGAUCCAACUUCAGAAGGACCCAGGAAAACGUACAAUAUCAUACACUGAGUCAGCAAUGCCCCAUAAGAUGGGUCCCAUGCGUUUGGAAUAUUUGCAGAGAGAAGGAGCAAAGUUGAAUCCAGCUCCCUCUUCCCCCUCUACCGGCUGACUCAUUAUACCACUCUGCCCAGGGGAAAUCCCGUCGACAGAGUGUACUGUUCUAGAAAUGGGCCCUAAUAAAACAUGUCACACCUCUAUUGCACAAAACAGAAUACUCUACCCCACCACAACACAGGAAAAAGAGCUGGAACCUUGCACCGCAUGAAGGUGGGAAAUUGCUUGUGGACAAUUUAUCUGAUGGAGUCUUUACUACACAGUCAAGAACAAGGAUUGCACUCUUCAAUACAAACAAAUAGCUUCAGUUAAACACACAACUCGUGAAGGGAUGUGAGAUUCAUUAGGAGCUGCUCAUAAGGAUAAAUAUGUUUAUUCUUGUAAUUGAAUAAAGGCAGAGGAUACAAAUCAAGAACACUUGCGACAAACAGAUGGGAUAUUAACAUACUUUAUUCCAGGUCAUGCUGCAUAGCCUGUUUUUGUUUCUAUAAUACUUAGCAGUAUAUUGUACCUCAUUCUCUUCAUGGAUCAGCAUUCAUUUAUCUAUGUGGUUGUCCAUUUUAGUGUGUAUAUCAGCAUGCUGGAAAGAUUAGUCAAGAGUCUCUUGUGCUUAUAGUUGUAUUAUGUUGAACUAUUAUGUUGCCUUUUAAUAUUUUCAGUAAAGAAACUCUUCACCCCUA